AUGGCGGGCCCUGGGUCCAUGCCAGGAUGGGAGCAAGUGGUCCUGCUACUGUUUGCGGCGGGGUACAUCGCUCCGGUCCCGGUCGGCUUUUUUGUCGCCGGCUCUUUCGUCGGUUGCCAGAUGAUCACGGUAGCGAUCAUGAUGAUGGCCGAUAUGCCAAAGGAGUGCAUCGAGGAGAAUAAAAUAACAGCUCGUUUGAUUCAAAACCGCAGCACCUGCGAGGCUCUCAAACAUCUUGCCGAGUACACGGAUGGACGCCACGGGCCAUCUGAGGAUCUAUGCGGUUUCUAUCGGCGCUUGGGAGUGCCAACAAAUGCAAGCGCAACGGACAUUGAGCUUGCCUAUGUUCAGUGCCGUCAGGAACUUGAGACCGCCGAAUCAGGUAAUAGAGAGUUGCCGGAGUUGGAGCUGGCACAUCACGUCCUCUCCCACCCCGAGCUGCGACAGGCCUAUGACAUGGCCGAGACAACACUUAAGCAGGUAGUUCAAAAAGGAGCCAUCGAUGUCGACCUCGUAGCCGUAGAGGUCUUUGGGCUAGAUCGGUUUGAGAAGCAUUGUGGCACGCCCCUCUUUGUUAUUGUGGAGAAGCAUCGCGAUGACCGACGAGGUAUCUUCAGAGCUUUGAAGUCUCGCUACAAUGCCGUCACUGUUAGCUUGAUAAAUCACCUCGAGAUGCUUGAAGAGUUGCAGAGUCAAAAAGACUCGGAGGACCCAGAAAACACCAACACUUGUGCGCUGCGCGAGGCAGUGCUAGCCGAUGCGAAACAUAUGGUGCAGACCACAUAUGGACCUCAGAUGCUGCAUCUUCUUGCCAACACCUACCGAUCUGCUGCCACGGCCAGUGGGUGUGGCCCCACAGCUUGGUACGCCAGGCUGAGCAACUACUUUGCUUCAAAAGCUCAAAAGUCUCGCUCCAACGACGCCAUGACGUCCCUAGCUGUGACCAAAGAGCAAAAAGAGCUCAUGCUGAUUCUUUACGAAAGAGAUGGCUACUUCACCGAACGCAUUUAUACUCGCCAGCUGAAGCUGGAUGGAGAAUCUGGCACAGAGGCUGAUGACGAUCAAGCGAGUGACUUUGUCGAUGUCUUCUUCAAACAGUCGUCGUAUACCACGACUCACGAUGCGCCCGCGGCCGCAGAUAGCCCAGACACCAUGGCUUCUUUUGCCUUUGCGUGCACCCCGAACGGCUCGCCGACGCAGCAGGCCCGCACAUUGCUUGAUGAGCCGCUCAUGAGCGUGGAAGAGCAGGAACAAUUUGACGUUCAAACACAUGCGGCUGUGAUCAACGCUCUCUGGCACGAUGUCAAAGCCGAUGUGGGUGAGCUGGUGUAUAAGGUCACGAGACAGGUUCUCCAAUACGACGCCAACGUGUUUGACGAGGUAGCACUCUCUGAAAAGUCCGCUACCUGCGACGCCCGUAAACGCCUUCUCAACCUAGAUGCGGCACUCACCGGAAACACAAAGAUGAGCGCCGAAGUCAGCCGGUGUCCCAUACCUUUGGCUUGA